CUCGGGGCUCGCCGGGCGGGAGAGUUUCGCUCCCGGGUGGGAGAUGCCGCGCGGGCUCCGUGUCCUCGCAGAUUUUCAACCAACAUAAUGCUGAAGCUCCCAACUUGGAACAAGCAUUUCACAGUAUGGCACAAAUGGAACCUAAUCUUGACCAUGACGUAUCAUGGUUCCUCCUUCCAUCGUACUGGGCUAAAAUGGUUGUGGCAUUAAUUUCCUUCCUCUGUUUUGCUAACAGCUAUGAUGGAGAUUUUGUCUUUGAUGAUUCUGAAGCCAUCAUCAAUAAUAAGGACCUCAGGGCAGAAACCCCACUUGGUGACCUGUGGUAUCAUGACUUUUGGGGUAGCAAACUCAGCAGCAAUACCAGCCAUAAGUCAUAUCGACCGCUAACUGUCCUGACUUUCAGAAUUAAUUACCUUUUUGCUGGAGGCUUCUACCCAGUUGGUUUCCAUGUCAUCAAUAUAAUACUGCAUUGCAUCAUCUCAGUGUUGAUGGUUGAUGUGUUCUCCAUAUUAUUGGGUGGAUUGCAAUUCAGUAGUAAAGGAAGACGGCUAAACCUGGCUCCCAAGUCCUCUCUUCUUGCUGCUUUGCUCUUUGCUGUACAUCCAGUGCACACCGAGUGUGUUGCUGGGAUUGUUGGCAGAGCUGACCUACUGUGUGCCCUGUUCUUCUUGUUGUCAUUCCUUGGCUACUGUAAAGCAUUUAGAGAAAAUAAGGAAGGACAUACAUUUUCUGUAUUCUGGGUGCUGGUGAGUGUUGUCCUAGGUGCAAUAGCCAUGCUGUGCAAAGAACAAGGAAUUACAAUACUGGGUUUGAAUGCAGUGUUUGAUGCACUGGUGAUUAACAAGAUAAAUCUUUUGGAGCUCAUUCGAAAGUUACUGUAUAAGGAUAAGUCAUUGGAGAAUGCUGGGCUGUUGAGGAAGGGGCUGCUUUUCAGGAUAACUCUUUUGAUGUGUGGAGGGGCUGCUAUACUUUAUAUCCGCUGGAGGAUUAUGGGCACAGGGCCACCAGCUUUCACCGAAGUAGACAACCCAGCUUCAUUUGCUGACAGUCUGUUUGUAAGAGCUAUAAACUAUAAUUACUACUAUUCACUGAAUGCAUGGUUGCUGUUGUGUCCCUGGUGGCUGUGUUUUGAUUGGUCAAUGGGCUGCAUACCCCUCAUUAAAUCCGUCAGCGACUUGAGGAUAAUUGCACUAGCAGCACUUUGGUUCUGCCUAAUUGGUCUGAUAUGCCAAGCUCUAUGCUCAGAAGACAGCCAUAAGAGAAGAAUCCUUACACUGGGACUUGGAUUUCUUAUUAUCCCUUUUCUUCCUGCAAGUAAUCUCUUCUUCCGAGUAGGAUUUGUUGUUGCAGAGAGAGUCAUCUACCUCCCCAGUAUUGGAUAUUGUAUUCUCUUUACAUAUGGGUUUAGUCUCUUGAGUAAGCAAGCCAAGAAAAAGAAAAUUCUUGCAGUGGCAGUACUUGGAAUCUUGUUGAUAAACGUUACGCGCUGUGCGCUCCGCAGCAGCCAGUGGAGGUCAGAAGAACAGCUUUUUAGGAGUGCGUUGUCUGUGUGCCCUCUGAAUGCAAAAGUGCACUACAAUGUUGGCAAAAACCUGGCUGACAAAGGAAAUCAAAGUGCUGCAAUCAAAUACUACAGAGAAGCUGUAAGGUUGAAUCCAAAAUAUGUGCAUGCCAUGAACAACCUUGGAAAUAUUCUGAAAGAAAGAAAUGAGCUCCAUGAAGCAGAGGAGUUGCUGUCCUUAGCUGUACAAAUACAACCUGAUUUUGCUGCUGCAUGGAUGAAUCUAGGAAUAGUGCAGAACAGUUUAAGAAGGUUUGAAGAGGCAGAGCAAAGCUACUGGACAGCAAUUAAACACAGAAAAAAAUAUCCAGAUUGUUACUACAAUUUAGGGCGGUUGUACGCAGAUUUGAACCGCCAUAUAGAUGCAUUGAAUGCAUGGAGGAAUGCUACAGUCCUGAAACCAGAGCACAGUUUGGCUUGGAACAAUAUGAUAAUAUUGCUUGAUAACACAGGCAAUCUAGCUCAAGCAGAAGCAGUCGGAAGAGAAGCCCUGGAAUUAAUACCUAAUGAUCAUUCCCUUAUGUUUUCCUUGGCUAAUGUACUGGGGAAAUCACAAAAAUAUAAGGAAUCUGAAGCUUUGUUCCUCAAGGCAAUUAAAGCCAAUCCAAAUGCUGCCAGUUAUCACGGUAAUUUGGCUGUGCUUUAUCAUCGCUGGGGAAACCUUGACUUAGCGAAGAAGCACUAUGAAGUCUCUCUGAAGCUUGAUCCCAUGGCACCGGGAACCAAGGAAAACUACAACCUCUUAAGAAGAAAACUGGAGCAGUUGCAAAAGAAAGGCGGUGCCUGAUGUUCCUUUUCAGGUUGCCCGUGCAUGCUGUUUACGACUACUGUUACAUGGGUACUUUUGACCAUGUACAAGGUUCAGUCAUCAUUUCUCAAAAACAACACCACCAGCACCGCACACUUGAAUGUCCAGUUUUUCCCUCCUGCAGAUCCUAACAUUUCAGCUUGAGGGAUCAUUUUAUUUUUACUUGAACUGCUUUUAAAGUCCAUUAGAACAUUUUUAUAGGUAUAUGAAAGCAAUGCAGAUGGAAUUUCACAGCAUACACUUGUAAUUUGAUAUCUUCAUCUGACUUUUUGGUAGCGGGAUGAAUAGCAGGAGGCAGUUUUAUUUCUGAAAGUGAUACUUAAAAGUGCAAUUUCCUGUUUAAAUCCUGAUCUUUUCAAGUAUGAAAAAUAUCUGUCCACUUCAGUUUUAUUACUGCCUUCCAGUGCCAGUCCUGCAGAGACAGUGGAAGAAUGAAUUCUCUCUAGCACAUCAGUCUACUCAUAUAAUUUGAGUUAAGCCCUUAUGCUCAUUUCUGUCUCCAGCCUGUGAAGUGUCAGAUUUUUGCAAGAGUAAAAAAGGGCAAGGAUUUGACCAUAAAUGUCUGUAAGCCAGUGUGCUUCUCAGGUAUGCUUGAGUAUAGAAAAUACUGUUAGAUGGAGAUUUUAGUAAGCAGCUAAUGAAAAGAAGGUGAGGCAACAGAGCAGUCAGGUAGAGUUUCUGUUCUGGCAGGCAGCCUCAUCUGCAACAGACAACAUGGACAAGAAGUCAGAACUGCUUUAGCUCCUGUGGCAGGUCAGUGUUUAAAUACAGUUUAGUAUCUGUAGGAGCUAAUUGCUGUGUUCUCAGGCAAUUCAGUGCUUUCUGGUUAAGGACAUUACACCUUUCAGCUCCUAUAUUUCUGGGGAAUAAAGAGAUAAUUUCUGUGGAACAGUAACUGUGCAAAAGACCUGACCUUGGCUGUUGAUCUGUUACCUGAAAGAACUUGGCUUCACCUUUGUCUGCCAUGGCUUGUGUGUUUGCUGAAGGGGCAGAUAAGUAAGCAUAGAUGUUAAUGCAUAAACUGAGCACAUCGAUGUGGGAUGAUUCAGAGGUUGUUUAUGUUGAUACCAUGUUACCUCUCAAAAGGGGCUAUGCUUUAAUACACAUUUGAACUCUGUCUGUCCAGAGUUAUUUGUCAUGUAUUAAUAUUUACAUUCCUGCUUCAGGAAGUAGUCUUUUAUUUGCUGGUGGUUGGUUUUUCCAGUUUCUUUGGGGUUUUUUUGAGAUGUUUGGUUUUGUUUGUUUAAGAUUGGAAGUUUGCUAUUGGAUAUGACAGCUGGGGAACUUUACCUAUCUUUUCAUAUUCCUUUAUUCUUGCCAUCCAUGUCCCCUGGGAGAAAUCGAUCAAUGCAGUAUUUGCAGCUUUUCUAAUUUGUCUAUCGAUUAUUGUGAGACUGUUUAGCAUUCUCCACACACAGCUCCUCUAUGUGUGGAACCACUUAAAGUGUCAGGGAAAUUCCUGCCACAGGAUGGGAUGCUGUGUGACCUUCUUAUCUGACCACCAUAGAACCAUUUUACAUCUCUACCACGUUUUGAACCUCCCAGAGGCUACUUUUACAUUAUAAAUUUGCUUGGAAAUGACAGUUGUUUCAAGAACUAGGUGUGUCUACAGAGCAUACUGCAAUAUUGCAGAACUACCAAAGCAUCCUCUGACAAAGCUAGCUCAGGAGCUACAAGUCAUGCAGGUACUUUAGUGUACUAUUUUUGCCACACUGACUGUAGAUCUAGCCGGCAAGGCUGUGGCAGUGUGGUGCUGUCCACAAAUUUAGCUUUGAAUGAACUAACAUGGCUACAUACUGGUUUUAGUCAAGGUGCAAGGGGCAUGUAUGUGUGCUUCUCUCCUAUAAAUAUAGCCUGUUUCUCAGUGGGACUAAUUAGUUCAUAUAGGGUACAAAGCCGUGGCAAUUGUUUCCAUUUCUUCUGGUUUCUGGACAAAAUUUUCAGAAAUUUGUUUCUGAAUAUGAUCCAAGCAUGCUCUUCGAUAAGUAUCUGGUAAGCAGAACACUGCAUCAGAAUGGAUAAUCGUCUUCCAAUAGCCAGCAUAGCUUAGUACCAACUUUUGUAUCUGAAAGGUGCUGAAAUAGAUACACCCUUCAGUACAAAUAGCAGGUUCUUAAGGCUUUCCAUGCAUAGCCUACUAUUCAUCAGAUAGAGAGAACACACAGCUUCUUCAGUCAUGAGGAAUUAAAGGGUUGUGAUAUGGCUGGAUGAGCUAAUUUAUA